AUGAAGCUCUCGAUAAGCAGGAAGCCCUCGAUGAGCAGGAGGUGUCGGAUUGGGAUGAUUACUGCGCUUUGUGUCUUGCCCAUUUACUGGACCGACCUGCAUAUCAAGUCGCUCAACGUGCGGUUCGAGCAGCAGUCGCCCAUGAUCUCCCCGGCCCCGGAGCCCGAUCACGCCAGCAUGCCCCCGUUAGCUGCUGCGAAAAAGCUUUGA